AGUUGGGCCGAACUACGCGUGCAGUGCACUAUUUUAAUGCACAGAAAGAGUAUUCUGCCAGACCGUGGUGUGAGUAAUAUUAUGCAGACCUGCCGACGACGAAAACACCACAACAUUGUCAUAGUUUGUGCGACUCCUCCGAUGCAAGAUGUCACUGCAAAGACUGAAGGCUGCGGUGCAUUUCACGGUGGGACGGAUGUGCCACAGUCUUGGAGAAGACCACCGGAGGACGUUCAGUCGACAAGUCAUAGCCGCAAUAGCUGAAACAACGUUCAGGCAGUGUGAUAUAUUCGCAAAGGACUUGGAGGCCUUUGCAAGGCAUGCAAAAAGAAGUACAGUGUCUUCAGAGGAUGUGAAGCUCGCAGCCCGACGGAGUACUGCGUUGUCCAUCUUCAUACAAAAUAAAAUUGAAGAGCUUAAAAAUCAGGAGCAGAGGGAUUUAAAGAAGAAGAAUACUGGGAAGAGGAAGAGCAGAGACACUGAAGAGGACAGCAGGGAAUAACGACAAGAGAAAGGCAGGCCUGCAGUGUCUCCUAAACUGUUGGCAAAAUAAAACAUGCUGACUGCUUUAUUUGCCAUGAGUCAAGUGUCAUCCAAACAGUUUUUUGUUCAUGGUGUCUAUUCUGCCUGUGAUCUGUACUUUGAACAGCUCUAUAGUCUUCAAUUCUGUUAGCAAUUAUGCAUAACUACAAUAGAUUGUGUUCACUUCUGCAGUGAAGGAGAAAUUAACCUCCCAAUACUUGCUGCCCUGAGACUCACUGAUGCCACCAUCACUUGGCAAAAUUAUAAGCGUCACUCAAACAUGGAUUGAUCAACACUGAAGACUGACCUUUCAUUAACUGCUACAUGUAUGCAGGCUAAAAAAUAAACAUUGCUCUGGUGAAAACUUGGUUAUACAGACUUAAAAUAAAAGUUGACUUCAUUUUUUUGUUGGGAGCGAUGUUUGUAUUAUUAAAUUCUUACAUUAAU